AUGAGCCAAGAUGCCGCUGAAUAUGAAGCUUUAACGGCCACUUUACUGUCGUUUUACAAUUUUUUCAAACACCAAUUCGAGCACAUUAUCAAACCAAGACUAAUAAAAUUUCGAGCCAUGACCGAAGAAGAAAGAGCAUUGCUUCCGUGGUACGAGGAACACACUGAGCAGUUGAAACAGUGUAUAGAAGUGAACCGUGGUUUUACCGAAUCGUUAUCUACAAACAUUGCGAAUGACUGGGGCGUGACUGGGACCUCUCUAGAUUGGCAUCCAGCUGGCCCUCGAGAGUUUGAGAUAACGUCCACCACGUUAUUGCAGUUGAUGAGGGAGUGGAGUGACGAGGGCCAAGCUGAAAGAGACAUUGCAUUUAGUCGUAUCGUAAGUGAGCUAGAAGAGCUUUAUCCUGACGAGUCUCUGCGACAGUCGAUUAGAAUUUUGAACCCUGGUUGUGGUUUAGGUCGAUUGGUUAUGGAGUUGGUGAUAAGAGGAUUUUGGACACAAGGAAACGAGAUUAGCUACCACAUGCUAUUGACAUCCAAUUUUAUAUUGAACCACAGCCAGUUCCCUCAUAGCCACUCCAUAUUUCCGUUUUUAUCCAGAUCGUCACACUUGGUUAAGCGGAAAUAUCAAACAAGAGGUAUCACAAUUCCCGAUGUGGCGCCAUUUGCAGUCCUCUCAGAGUUGAAGGAGAAGACCCCCAGCAUUGCCUACGAAGAGUUGAUGUCAAUAACAGCAGGCUCCUUUCUCGAAUUAUACGGUCCCAGCAAGCCAAAUAACACUAUAAAAGAUUCGGCUGCAAUUGAGUUAAAGAAUUCAAGCAAAGGUAGCUUUGAUGUUGUUGUUACGAAUUUUUUUUUGGACACAGCAAGCAAUAUUAUUGAGUAUGUAAGAGCAAUUAACCAUGUUUUGAAAACCGGUGGAAGGUGGAUAAAUUUCGGACCGUUAUUGUGGCACUUUGAAGGUGACUACAAUGUCAGCUACAUCAACAAAGAAGAUAACGUUUCCAUUCCAGAUAUUAAAAAAGGGCUAGAGUUGUCUCGGGAAGACUUGAUUCAGCUAAUCAAGAAUAUGGGCUUUGAGUUUGUGAGGCAUGAGUCUGACAUAGAGAGCACGUAUUGCAAGGACGUAAAGCUGUUGGGUUCAUUUGUUUUCAAAUGUGAGUACUGGGUGUGUAUUAAAGUGAGAUAA